AUGAACUGUGGAAUCCCUGGAUUAGGCACAGCUAUGCAUCUGGACUAUUUGAACGAACCGGGAACUACGUAUCCUGCCGUUAUACCCACAGAAUUCUUGUUAACUAGACUGACCGUUAUCGACGUCAGAUCACUUACCAAGAUCAGCCCUUCGCUGACAUUAACUCUAGACGUGGCCCUCCAGUGGCUGGCACUCAAACAUGACCCAAAGGAACCCACGUUGUUGCUCUUCAAGUUUGGCUGGAAGGAUUAUAAUAGUCGCAAGAGGACGUGCGUUUGCAAAAUUCCAGGUCUGAGUUACGACCUAGCAGAAUGGAUUGCAGCGAAUCUCAGCCACGUGAUUGGAGUAGCGACAGACGCUCCUACUCUGGAGUCGGACCAGACAAGAGAAUUCACUACCAGAACUAUAACCAAUGUGCUCGGAAAGAGCGGCAUAUACAUGAUAGAAAAUGUCAAUGUGAAAACUAAAAUACCAGAUUCUGGCUGCAUGGCGAUAGCAAUGCCGCUGAUGCUUCUCCACAGCAACUACGUGCCUACCAGGCUGACAGCGUUCUGUCCCACGCACCAGACGGACAAACGCGUCACCAUAGCCCUCAAGAAAGCCGAUGUAAUCUCUAAAAAACGUAACCCCAGCAGAGUGUAUGAUGUCAACUUAGAAGAGAUCAUGGGUUAA